AUGGCAGCCAUCACCCACAGCCGCCGUAUCCUUGCCCCGGCUGGCAUAGCCGAACGUUUUAUCACAGCCAUGAACGACAGGAUAGACGACGUGGAACACUUUAAGUCGAUUGAAAAGUGCCUUGGAAAUGCACUAGACCAAUUGUGCUACGAAAUAUGCGAUGCCGGCCGCGACGACAGCGACAUCACCAGAGCUCAAGCCAUCUAUCAAAUGCUUGAAGAUACUAAGAGCGAGGUCGAGGAUGCCAGAAUACACAAAGAAUGCACCAUGGACGAAACAGAAGCCGUGCUCAAGAAACUCUUAACCUCCAACGAUGUCGAUGACACAACUAAAGCCGAGAUAAACAAGAGCGUCAUGCUCCAUCAGGCCUACCGAAGCAAAUGCGACAAGGAAUGUCAACAGGCCAUGUCACAGCAGGGAGAAGAAUGA